AGUCCCCGCGCCCAAGAACGUGACCCAAGCUGACCCGCGGCCAGCCAAUAGGAUCGCUCGUUAUAUAUUGCUGCUUCCCAUCAUUCCCCGCACGAUGGCGACAGAAAAUGAGCUCCCUGGUCAAGGCAUUCCGAGGAUAGUUUUCCCUAUUAUGGGCUAUACGUCUGCUGGAUCUGUCACCAUGAGUAAUAUCAGCAGCUCUGCACCUAACUUGUCUGUUGGUCAUCCAGGCCAAUUGAUUGCCCAAUCUGUUCCCUCUCAUGCUGGACCAAUGAUUUCCCCUGGGCCUUACACUAACCAGUCAGAGUCAGGCAUCUCACCUCAGCACAGAGGGGCUCCAUUUGGGCCAUUCACUGCCCCAGUCAUGUCCCAGCCUUACCCAUACACCAGCAUAUCAGGGUUAUAUCCUAACCCAUCUCAGCCCAACGUGUCCCCGUUUCAGCCCAAUACUUCUUCCAUCAAGCCGCUUGGACUGGUGCACCCACCUCCUGCCCAUCAAGUUGCUAACCCUCCUCAGACAAACACGAGCUCAUCUCAACAGGUACCUGUUACCAGCACACCACCGGUUAACACUUCCUUGCAAGGUAACGGUACCCAUCCACCAUCUACUAAUACUGUCUCCAACCCCAACAUGGGUACCAGCGGAAGAAACACACCAGGAGCAUCUAACUGUAGUGACCAUCCCGAAGCCAAGGAUACCCAGAGCACAUGUACAAGUACCCCUCCGGUAACCAGCGGCCCACCUUUCUCCAUCAUUGCUUCUGCCCCUUCCGUGUCUGGUACCAACCCAAAGUCCAAGCCCAAGACAGCAGGUACUUCCUCCAUGUCAUCUUCUAAUCCAUCACUGGAUGAGUUCACCGUGACAAAGCCGAUAAACGAACGGCAGAAUUUCACAAAUGAGGUUGCGAGGCAGCUCUUUGACGAAGAAUACAAGAAAUUCAGCGGGGUCAAUGAAUUCAAGGCAUAUGUCUCUGAACAACAAAGAUGGCGUUGGGACAUCCACAACAAUGUGACGACACUGGAGACGCGCGUUAAGAACUUGAUAUCAAACAAAAACAGUGGCGUGGCGCAGAAUGUUGCCCGCUACAAGACAAUCCCGACAAAUGCAAAGAGUGAAGACGUCAAGCGAUGUGAAGCUACUGUUGUGACUAUGGAUGCAAUGGUCAACAGGGUUGCUACGUCCAGGACAGAGCUCUUGCAUCGCAAGGGUAACCUACUCUCCCGGAAUCUGAAUGCUGAACCCUGCAACAAUGAGUUCAAGUUCCUGGAGAACUGUUUUUCCCGUGUGGAUCUGAUGUACACCACCCUGAUCACCAACAGGGCCUGCAUCAACCAGACCCUGUCUCACCUGCGGCAGAAUUUCUCCCAGGAGUCAGCUGCGGCAGCCGAAGUCCGGAGGCUGAAACGGCGCAGAAAGGAAAACCUGCGCAAGAAGCGGAAGAGGAAGGAGCAGACCUUAGAGAAGCGGGCCUGCGAGAUCCUUCUGAAGAUCACUCAGAAUGGCGUACUGGAGAGGGUCUGGAGCAACCCGGAAGGUCAGAGGGUCUCAGCAAACGAACUGCUGCACAAUCAACUGGAUGCACUCAAAUCAGUGAAUGAUAUUGAAGCUUUACAGCUCAUCAUCUCCAGGGGAUACUUGGAUCCAUCGGCUGUUGAAGUGGUGUCCAGGAAAAUGAUCCUUCUACAAAAUGGGGUCAAAUAAUUACAUCACAUGAUCCAAAGAUGAUGGUGCAUUUGUCACACGCCUAUAUUCCACCUCAGUUUCUAUAGAUGCAUAUGUACAUGUAUAAUGUUGAGCAUGAGUCUCAUCUAGGUAUUGAGAAACUGAGAUAUUAAGAUGAAAGGUAUUGUUUUUUAAAAACUACAAAAGGUAUUCUGAUAAAAAUAUUCAAGUAUGUCAUAAAUACACAUGUUUUUCAUACAUUUAUGUAUGUACCCUUUGUAAAGUUGUCCUCCAACAUUUCUACAUAUCUGGUAAACACUGUCAUUUCAGGAAACUAGCAGACAUUUAAGGAAGUGCACUUGUACUUCUGUGUUGAAGAUUCACAUACAUAAAUCCUUAAGCUGAAUUUGUUUGGGAGGAGUGGUCUUAAGUUAAAAAAAACAACAAAUGUAUUCAACCUUUGCAUUUUUGAUGAAUAUAUUAAUUCUUGCCAUAUUUAAAUUGUGUGCAGUGAAUCUAGCAACUAUACUGUUUGCAGAGUCAUGUCCUCCUGUCCAGUUUAUGCAGAAGGAAUUACAAGUUUAAGUGUACAGAUCAUUUUUGUUAGUGUGUGUUUGGUUUUAGGUGAGUAUGUACAGGGUUUUUGGCUAUAUUUUGAAAGCUGCAUGGAAUAUAGGAACUAAGCAAGCAGACUGUUUUGUUGUUUCUGUAGAUGUACUUUUUAGUUGUUUUAAACUCGUUUAUAAUUAUGGAUAAUGCAUAAAAUCACUUUACGUGUAUGUUUGCUCCAAGAAAGGCUAAGUGUUUUUACGGUGCCUGUCCGUCAAAAAAAAAAAA